AAUAAAAUAAAAAGGUAUAUAGUUAAGUUCCCGCCAUUUUGCGAUUAGCAAAUUGAACAAUUUUACCGAAACAGAAAAAACCCUAAAAAAUCAAAGAAUUUCCAAUUCGUUAUCUUCUUCUUCUCAAAUCGAAAUCAAUCUCACCGAUGAAUUGCACGCACCGUACUAUAGCUACGGUCGCGUUGAUUCCUCUCCCAUCGAACCCCACUCCGAAAACCCUAAUUUCCCCCAAUUUCAACCGUCUUCUUUCAGUGAACUCGGCAAUUAGAAUCGCUGGGAACAAAAAGACUGGCUUUCAGAUUAGGGCUUCAGUGAACGAUGGUAGUGGAACUGGAAACUGGUUUAACCGGUUACCCACCGGAGUUUUCUCGGCUGAUAAGGUUCUGAGGCUGAUUUCGGGAGCGACUGCUAGUCCCAUUUGCCAGUACGUGUCCUCGCCCUCCACGUUUCUUCAUUCUGUGGACCCUAGAAUCAAAUUGGUAUGGCUGUUGGCUCUGGUUGUUUUACCAGCAAGGUCACAUAUAAUAGUUCGGUUUGGAUUGGUAAUAUACUUGGCCAUUCUGUCAAUAUGGACACUCCCAAGACAAACGUGGAUGGACCAAUUAGGUAGAGUGUCACUGCUUUCUGGAAUUUUGUUUGUUAUGCUGGGGCUGGGUGCAGAUGGUGCACCAGCCCUUGUUCAGUCGAGAACACCACCUCCUGCAAUGAUGGGAUUGAUGCAUAUUCCUGCAUCUUUAGGAGGUUACUCGUAUUUGAUUAUGAAGCUAGGACCGUUACAGUUUACAAGGAAAGGUUUGUCCGUAGCAAGCACAGCUGCCUGUUUAACAUUUACAGUCUUCCAAAGUGCAAGCCUUUGCCUGACAACUACAACCCCUGAACAACUUGCAUUUUCCUUGAGGUGGUUUAUGCUCCCUUUGACACGUAUAGGUGUUCCAGUUGCUGAAAUUGUUCUCACCCUGAUGUUAUCACUGAGGUUCAUUAGUUUGGUGUUUGAUGAGGUCCGCAAUGUUGCAUUGGGGAUUAUAUCUCGUAGAAUAGAUUGGCAAAAGUUGACAAUGAUGGAGACUAUAGAAAUUUUCUUUGCCUACUUCCGCCGGAUCUUCAAAAAUAUUUUCAACCAUGCGGAUCAGAUUUCACAGGCAAUGAUUGUCAGAGGAUUUAGAGGGGACAGCAAAAGUCAUAAAAUUUACUUCCUAUCAGAUUCAUCCAUUGGGACAGCAGAUAUUGUUUCCUUGUUGUUUCUGAUCGGAGUUACUGGUGCUGCCAUUUUGUCAGAUUACGUUCUUAUCUAAUAUAUGACUAUUUGUGUCCUGGAUUGAUGUG